AUGGCAAAUACGAUGUCCAAGCGCCUGGAUGGCAAGACAAUCCUCAUCACUGGUGCUUCAUCUGGCAUUGGGCAGUCCACAGCGUUUGAAUUCGCUCGCACAUCUCCCAAAAACGUCAAGCUGAUUCUUGCUGCACGCCGUAUCGACAGUCUUCGCCAAAUUGCGGCCGAUAUUAUUCAAGAGAAUGGGCACGGUGUCAAAGUACUCCCUGUUCAACUUGACGUCAGUAACGCCAAUGAAGUGCGUACAUUCGUGGAUAAGUUGCCUACUGAAUUUAAAGAAAUUGAUAUUUUGGUCAACAAUGCAGCUCACAUUGUUUUCGUGCCUAGUGGCCUGGUACGAGGAGUAGCCAGAGCGCCCGAAAUUGCCGAAAAUGACAUCGACAUUAUGUUCCAAACAAACGUAACGGGCUUGAUCAGCAUGACACAAGCUAUCUUGCCCAUUAUGCUCAAACGCAAUAACGGCGAGGGAUCUGGCGAUAUCAUCAAUAUUGGUUCUAUCGCGGGUCGUGAGCCAUACCCAGGUGGUGGAAUUUACUGCGCAACUAAGGCUGCCGUGCGGUCUUUUACAGAAAGCUUGCGCAAGGAGCUUAUCUCUAAGCGCAUUCGAGUCAUUUGCAUAGAUCCUGGUCAGGUUGAAACCGAGUUCUCCGUCGUCAGAUUCUACGGUGAUAGGAGAAAGGCGGAUGCAGUUUAUGCAGGCUGUAAGCCAUUGACACCUGUUGAUAUCGCCGAAGCAAUUGUAUUUGCCGCCGGAAGGAGAGAGAAUGUGGUUGUUGCUGAUACUUUGCUUUUCCCAAAUCAUCAGGCCAGUGCAACUAUUAUGCACCGGAAGGACACAUAG